AUGUGCAGCUGUCCCGAUGCGGUCGCUGAUGGUCACGACUUAUUGCCUGGUACGCUGCGGACCGCGUCUCAUGGUGGCUCAGGUGUCGUUUCUACGAUGCAACGGCUGCUUGCAUCGACAAGCCACCCAGCACGGCGGGCAUCUGUAGCGAAAAGUUGUUUUGCUACGCCUCUCUUACGCCGCCGGCUCACCGACGUCCCCCUCCCACCAUGUCUGACAAUCCUCCGCCUUACUGCUUUCUUCACCUCGUGCAGCCUGCAGAUGUACUCCAGCGUCACGGGAUCCGUUUCUGCUGAUUACGCUAAUGAUCUUGUUCUAGCUGGCGCUAUUGCCCUGGCCGCCUGUUGCUAA